GGCUGGAGAUUUUCACUGGUGAUGAGAAAACGUGAUCCAGUCUGCAGUGGCACUGCAGCAAGGUACUGCAGAGAGAGAGAGAGAGAGAGAGAGAGAGAGAGAGAGAGAGAGAGAGAAGCAGAGAGAGACUGAGAGAGUGAGAGAGAGAGAGAUCGAGAGGGAGAACGAGAGAGAGAGAAGCAGAGAAAGGCAGAAAGAGAAGCAAAGAGCAAGAGAGAGAGAAGGAGAGAGAAAAAGGCGAACUGCAGAGAGGAGUAGGGGAUACAGUGCAGUGUGGAAUCCAGCUGCCAUCACUGAGGAACAGAGAGAAUAGAGAGGGGACUGCGUGAUAACAAAACAGAGAAAUUAAGAAGCCCCCCCACACCCCCUUGCAGCAGGAUGGAGGGAAGGAGAGAGAGCUGGCGGGUUUCGCGGGAGGUGUAACGGCAGAGAGGCGCGGACCGCGGCAUAAAGGGAGAGAGAGAAACGGCCGAGGGAAAGGAGGAAGAGGAGGAGGGGAGGAGCUGAAGAGGGCGCUCCAUGACGGCUGCGUUUUUGUCGGCGGGCUAUUUCUAGCGGACGGAACAGGCGCUGACGCAUCGCGACAUCUCUUCGUCUCCGUCGUUCCUUCCCUUCCUCCGUCCUUUCCUCUUUUUCUUCUCCCCUUUCUGCGAUGCGGGGAGCGCGGGAGCGGGAGAGGGACUGCGGGGCGCUGGGGUCGUCUCUCUGAAGGCGAGCGGCUUCGACGGCAUCUCUGAGCACGGCGUCCUGCACACGGCUGGGGACCCCAUCCUCACUGAGACCUGCACACGCACUGAAGACCAGACGGCUGAGCUCAGUCACUGGCGAGGGAGACUCUGGGUGCAGUUCUACCCCAACCACACAGAGGGCGCUCUCUGGAAAUCUAUGGCUGCGAUGGAUACGCGGCCGGCCUGGGUGUGACUCUCGUGGACAUCUUGAGACGUCAAGUGGGCAGUACCUGUCCCUCGCUGGGAAAAGGCACACAACAUUGCAUUCCCAAAUAGCUUGGGACAGUUGCAUUGCCGUUUUAGGAGCUGGUGCUCCUGUUCCUGUUGGGGUCUCUUUCCCAAAAAACCCCCCAGAUCAGCAGCUUAUCAACACAGCUGCAGGUUUGCCAGGAUAUCUGCACUGAACUCCAGCUUAACGACUAACUGGGACACAGAAGAUCACACUUCUGCUCCUGUGAGAACUUAUUCCAACUGGAUGGGACAGAAGAGAAAUCCGAAAGUGUUGUUUUCGUCUGCUGUUCCCGACAGAAGUCAAAUAUACUGUUAGACCUGUUAUUUAUCUGUGUCAAAAAAAGCCAGCAGAAAAUACCUGUUCUGGAUCUCAAGACCUCAUAAUGCAUCUGUGUGCGUGUAUGAAUACGUGAAUUAUAUAUACAGUCGGAUAUUUAAUGAUGUAAAUACUCAUUGUCCUGCUGAAGGCUUGUAGCCAUUCUUGGUUGUUUGUCUGCUGUAGUGUCAGAAUUGACUUUGAGAUAUUAAUUUCUCUUGCUGUAUGUUUCUCUGGAGACUGUGGUUCUGCGUGACCCAAACUGCACUUUGACACAGUUCCGGAGUCCGGAGCACUGAAAGGGGGUGCUUUUGGGGCAGACUCAGGAUCCUUGGGUUCUGGUCCUGUUGAAUUUGUACGUCCGUCGGUCCGUCCGCUGAGCUCCUCGCUCGGGUUGUUUCUGCUGAGGGGGUUUGGGGGUCUGAUCUGAGCAUGGACAGAGUCAUCCGCCCGCAGGUCCCCUCCAAUGGCUGAGGGGGGCAGCACUGAGAGCCCUCCUGACCGGUGCCCCACCGCACUCCCAGCAGCCCCACCCCCCAGGGCCCCCCCCAGGGCCCCCCCCAGCUGAGCGCAUGUCCUGCCUGAGGCGCCAGCCCGUGGCCAUCCCCAUGGACACCGUCAAGAUCAUCCAGUCGGAGAAGAUGGGGCGCGAGUGUCCCAGCCCCCCCGUCACCCAGCCGCGGUAUGCGCCCCCCCCGCGCGUGGCCUGGGACUGCGGGGGGACCGAGGGCGAGGUCAUCGUCAACCAGGCCUGCGGCGACCUCCCGCUGGACCUGACCCUGAGCCGCGCCAUGGCCACACCCCACCACCACGCCCACCACCGGCCCCCGGCCCCGCCCGCCACGCCCGCCCGGCACGAGCGCCCCGCCUACCUGUCCCAGCGCAAGGCCAGCGCCGGCCCCGCUGAGCUCUGCUACCACCAGUUCCACUACAAGAUGGAGGACGUCAUCGUCAACCAGUACGUGCUGCGCUCGGCCUCCCCCUCCGCCCCCGCCCCCUCCAACUCGGUGGUGCCCUACGAGCCGCUGGACUGCCCCACCUGCGGGCACACCUACAACUUCGCGGGCAAGCGGCCGCGCAUCCUGUCCUGCCUGCACUCGGUGUGCGAGGAGUGCCUGCAGAUCCUGUACGAGUCCUGCCCCAAGUACAAGUUCAUCUCCUGCCCCACCUGCCGGCGCGAGACCGUGCUCUUCACCGACUACGGCCUGGCGGCGCUCGCCAUCAACACCAGCAUCCUGAGCCGGCUGCCCGCCGACGCCGCCAGCGCCAUGCAGUGGGGGGGCGACCCCGACCGCAGCUGCUACCAGACCGUGCGCCAGUACUGCCAGUCCGCCUGCACCUGCCACGUGGGCAACCCUCUGACUUCCUGCGGCAUCAUGUGAACAAAGGGGGGUUUACCCUGGAACUGGCAACCCUGAACCCCCUCUUCCCCAUCCUCCCCCACCCCCCCCCCCGCCACAGAACAUCCGUAUAUUAUAUAUAUGUAUUUAUCAGCACUGGAAAACGCCACAGAGGCGACGGACUUAAAGCAAGACUUGAAAAGACUUGACGUGCGCAGUACUGCUGAAGAGACUGGGACGAUUACCCAAUAAAUGUAUUUUAUGUAUGAAGUGCAGUCCUCUCUCCCCAUCCCAUAUUUGUGUUUGCGCCCCUCGUGCUCUCAGAGUUGGGGGUUGGGGGGGGGGAGGGAGGGGGGUGCACUGGCACGGCCCAGGAGCCAAUCAAUGAACAAAGAAAUGAUAAUAAUAACAAUAAUGAAAACAGUAAUAAUGACCAGCCAUUCAGUUUGAACUCUGAGGACUGCUGAGCUGUCCAUCUGACUGUUUAAAUAAAGACAAACACACACACCGGCCAAUUAAAGACAGUGUUACACUCUUCAGACCCUCGAUUAAGAGCAUUUUACAAAGCAUAACAACCGUAGAUGCAAAAAUGGAAGAGAAGGUAGAUACUUUUUCUGGAUCUGCUCCUUGUCCUGAAGUGUCAAUUGAACUUUUGCUCCUAUUUAUUUGAAUAUAUGUAGAAAUGCAAAUGACACAUAUCAAAUAUAAUAUAUUGUUCCAA